AACGUCAACCCCUUCUCUCCCUAAAGAUAGGAUGAUUAUAAUAGAAUUCAUUGCGAACUUAAACCAGUCCCUAGGCGAUCAUUUGCUGGCCAUAAUAAUGAGUUCGUCUAGACUGAUAGCCGCAGUCUGCAUCGCCCCCCUUUCCCCCUUUCCCAUAUUAUUACUCACUUGUAUAAUUAUGAGUUGGCAAUUGCUUAUUAUUAGGAUACUAAGCCUCAAUGGUUGCAGUUAGUGUAGUUGCCUG